GGUUGAGGAACCAGGAAAAGGUUGUGGUGAGAGGCAGAGAGCUGGUCUGCUGGGCAGUGAGUGGUGGCCAAGUACACAGCUAGGAUGGGCUCUGUCUGGGGCCUGGCUCUGCUCCUUCUUUUCUUCUGCUGGGAGGCUGGGGGCUCACAGAGCUCUGCAGGCCCUAGCACCCGUGGAUCAAUCCCUUUGGUGACAACAAAUAAUACAGAAGUGACUGCCAUGACUCAAGGUUUCCAGACAAGUUCAGAGAGAGCCUUCCGCACCACUGACCUUCAUGAGCUCUUCAUGAGCUAUGUUUCUUUGCAAACUCAAACCCUGAGCUCUCCAACCAUUUCUAAGACUUUAAUCACAACAAAUAAUAGAUCAGAAGCCAAGAGCAUGGAGACCAGGACCAUUUCCCCCUCAGCAGGGGUCAAAGAGACCCCCACCAUUUCACCCCUACAACAGAACAGGACCCUCUCAAAGAUUAUGGCUCCUACAACUAUGGCUGUGAUGACCACUUCUAAGGAGACUCUGGACCCACGUGGCAGCCCCACAGGGCGUGGAACACACCCUGGGACUGGUACAAACAGAGAUCCCACGCAAGCCAUCUUUGCUAACCCUUGUAGCUCUGACAGCUCUGAAGAGGCAAACUGGAUCAAAGGUGACAUCUCAACAAGGGCAGACACACCGACAGAAGCUCAGAGCCUGUCCUCAGAGAGCAGCUCCUCUUCUGACAGCUCAGUGUCUGUCCUCAGCCCUUCACAGGAUCUGGCACCUGGGAUCUUGACUCAAGCCAAGGCCUUAGCUGCCUACAGGAUCACCCACAUCGAGUUUAGCAAUUGUAGCAUCACCAAAAUAGAGACAGCUGCUAUCAUCUCUGAGACCUCAGACACAGGCCCCAGGCCCACAGAGGGAGAGAUGGCCUUGUCCACAACACAGUCACCAGCUUUGCCCCUCUCUCCCGAGGCAAAACCAUACAUCCCCAACACCACAGCCUUUGUCCAGGCCUUGUCAUCAGCCAGCACCUCAGCAGCGGCUGUCCUGGAUGCAGCCACGGUCUCUAACCCCAGGGGAACUUGGGUGACAGUCACCAGGAAGCCUUUGGAAGAAACGUCGGUGCUGUCCUUUGAGACAUCAAGCCACACUGAGGUCCCAGGAGCACUUCCAGUCUCCAAGGCGGCUGGAUCAACAGGGGCCAAGGGGCCUUCCUUUGCUGUUUCCUCAGCUUCAGUCUACAGCCCUUCAGACCAAGCCACUACCAAGGACUCCAGCCCUUCAGAGACGUGGAGCACAGCCAGUGCAGCCAACAAGGCCUUCCCCACUAGCAGAAACUCUCCUUCUUCUGUCCAUCCAGCUACAGCCAGCACCAGCUCUCUUCCUUCUGUCCAUCCAGCUACAACUGCCAGCAGCCAAACACCAAGUCUGACAUCAGAGGGAGCCUUCCAUGAGUCCUUGGUGCCAAGCUGGGAUCCUUUCCACGCCCAAACCCCGAGCACUGCCACCACUCCUAAGACCAUAAUCACAGCAGGCAGUGUAUCAGAAGUGGACAGCCGGGAGUCGCACACCACAUCCCCCACACCAGGAACCACGGAGACCCCCACCAAUUCCCCUGCAGUGGAGACCUUGGGGACUCUGGCUACAUCCCCUGAAGCAGAGACCCAAGUCAGCUCCUCCACAUCAGAAACCACGGAGACCCCCCACAUUUCCCCUGCAGCGGAGACUUUGGGAACCCUGACCAUUUCCCCUGACACAGAGACUUUGAGGACCCAGUCCACUCUCUCUUCUACAACAGAGAUCAUGGAAACCCCAACCAUAUCCACAGUAACAGAGCCCACGGAGACCCUGAGCACUUACCCUGUAGUAGAGACCAAGGAGAUCGGGACUGUUUCUUCUGUACUAGGACUUGAGGGGACCCUGACCAUUGCCCCUGCAGCAGAGACCAUGGAGACCCCAACAAGUUUUUCUGCUGCAACACAGACAACGGAGACCCCAACAAGCUUCCCUGUAGCAAUGGUGGAGACUCAUUUCACAAAUACCAUAUCUCCCACCAUUACCCCACCACACCCCAGCGGACCUGGAACAUGCUCAUUUGUCGCAGACACAACUGCUAUCCAGAACUCCAGCCCCUCAGAGUCUUCUACCACAGACAGUAUAACCAAUGGGUCCUUUCCCACCCACAGAAGCCUUCUCCCUUCUAUCCAUCCUACUACAGCCAGUGGGAGCCCUCUCCCUUCUGACCACCUGAUUACAGCCACCAGCAGUCAAGAAACACUCACCACCUUUGUCAAGACCACAGCCUCACCAAUGACCCCAACGAGGCCCCUGACAUCAACACCUGCCACUUUUUGGUCAAGGCAGACCAUAGGAGUUACGGCAGGUGGAGAUGGAGGCUUCCUCCUUGUGCGACUGGGCGUGGCCUCCCCAGAAGACCUCACUGAGCCCGGCGUGGCAGAGAAGCUGAUGGAACAGCUCCACUGUGAAUUGCUAGCCCACAAGCUGCUUGUCCAAUUCUCUUUACUGCGUGUCAAGAGGAGCUAAAGAAUACCAGCUGCAGCCAAGUACAACCAUGUGCCUAAGAAGGUCAGUGUUGCCCAUGGUCUGGGCUCCUUCCAAUAGGCAGAAGCCACAUUACUGUACUGAGAUGGAUCUAGAAUUUCCCAUGAAGCUCAGCUGGCCCAAGCCCCUUACUCCAGAUGUGGCCACUGAUCCCUGGCUCACUUAUAUCUGAUUGUAUGUGUGUUGGGAGGGGGCUACCCUGUUUCCAGAGGUGUCCUUCACUUCUUCUGGUGUUUGGAUGUUUCAGUAAAGAGAGACAUGAUCACC